AUGUGGAUCAAACAUGUCGACAAGCUUAUGCACAUGAACGCAUCGGUACACCAAAUUGGUAGUACUACUACUUAUACAACUGCUUCUACAACAAGUGGUAGUACUACUACUUGUACAACUACUUCUACAACUAGUGGUAGUACUACUACUUAUACAACUGCUUCUACAACUAGUGCUUCUAUUACGAGUGGUAGUACUUCUACUUGUACAACUGCUUCUACAACUAGUGGUAGUACUUCUACUUGUGCAACUGUUUCUACAACUAGUGGUAGAACCACUACUUAAACAACUGCAUCUACAAAUAGUGGUAAUACUAAUACUUAUACAACUGCUUCUACUACUAGUGGAAGUACUAUCACUUAUACAACUGCUUCUGUUGAUAUAUUUGCUGUUGUUGAUUGUGAUGGCGCUAGCAAAGGGCUGGAAGACGUGCGUGCUAAUGUCCGAUACAGAGUAUAG